GAUAUUCCGAGACUAAUGAUCUUGCGAGCUGUUCUGUUUCUGUUUUUGAUUUUUCUGCUCGCUGUGACUUCUGAAGCGGGAUUCAGUCGAGACAGAUUCAUGGUAAGAAAAGGUGGUCGACUUGAACGUCUUCAUAAACGAACCCUUUAUGAAUGGAAAAAUGCCCAUCGACAGCGACGUCAUCGUCAUCAUAGACACAAACGUCGUCGUCACGAACGUGAUGGUGGUGUACGUAUUGAGCAUAUCCUUGCACAAAUGGACUCGUUUGUUCGUCCACGAUUUGGACGAUCGGCCGGAUUUCUUCGGAUGCUUCCAUGAAGUUAUCUGUCCAUGGAAACUGUGUGCUGUUGCUCAUUAAUUCUAGCUUUUAGUAUCAUAUCAGCUGGUGCUUUAAUAUUUCCUGAAAAUGCCUUAAUAUUCUGUAGAUUACAUACUCAGAAAAUUCACCGGAAAUUCCGCAAAACGUCUGGGAGGGUUCCGCCGGGUCACCUGCGGAAGUUCCGUAGACGUACUGCGGAAGUUUCGAAAUUUAGGACGGAAACAGCAAAAGAGAACGCC